UGCGCACACCCUUACACGUGAGGGAAAUCAUUUCCCAAGGAUAUAUAUAUGCUUGUUACAUGUAACGAGCUUGUUGUACCUGUAAAGAGGUUUAAAUCGAGAAGGUUGGAGAAAGUGUGAUGUAUGUGCGGCGCGCGCCGUGUCUCGGGGGUGUGGUGAUGCUCGCGCUGUGAACUCGCGCGCACGGGCGCUGAAUACUCGAGCAGUCGGAGAGAAGCGCUGACACUGAUCACCGGAGAAUCGACGGCAUGGCUUCGUCUCAUGGGAAGAGUGAACUCCGUUAUGCGGACUGGAUGGCAAGUUUACCGGAGAGCUUGCACAGCAUUCCUCUCACCAAUCUCGCAAUACCUGGUUCCCACGACUCCUUCAGUUUCUACAUCGAUGAAGCCUCACCUGUAGGACCCGAACAGCCGGAGACGGUGCAGAACUUUGUCUCUGUGUUUGGCACUGUGGCAAAAAAGCUGAUGAGGAAAUGGUUGGCUACACAGACCAUGAAUUUCACCAGCCAGCUGGAGGCAGGCGUGCGAUUCUUUGAUCUCCGCAUAUCAACCAAACCCAGAGACCCAGACAACGAGCUCUUCUUUGCACACGGCCUGUUCAGCGCCACCGUGCGUGAAGGCCUGGAGCAGAUCAGUUCGUUCUUGGCCUCGCACGCCCGCGAAGUGGUGUUCCUGGACUUUAACCAUUUCUAUGGAGUACAGAACCUCCAUCAUGAGAAGUUGGUCCAGAUGCUGCGCACCGUCUUCGGGGACCGGCUCUGCCCGGUGGUGUUUGCUCAGGAGGUAAGCCUGAAGUACCUCUGGGAGAAAGAGUAUCAGGUGCUGGUCUUCUAUCACAAUCCAAUGGCUCUGGAGGUUCCUUUCUUAUGGCCGGGGCAGAUGAUGCCAUCGCCUUGGGCCAAUACCACAGAUCCCGAGAAGCUCAUUCAGUUCCUCCAGGCCUCAGUGAAGGAUCGGAGACGUAAGGGGACAUUUUAUGUGUCCCAGGUGGUGCUCACACCCAAAGCGAGUACCGUCAUGAAAGGAGUGACCAGCGGACUGAGGGAAACCAUUACUGAGAGGGCUCUUCCUGGCAUGAUGCAGUGGAUCCGCUCACAACGACCUGGAGAAAGCGGAGUUAACAUCAUCACAGCCGACUUUGUGGAGCUGGGCGAAUUCAUCAGCGCCGUCAUCACCCUCAACUACUAUAUGGACGAUGAAGAAGAGAACGCCACCUGAAUCUCCAAAUUUCCCAACUCGCUUGUGGUAUCAGUUACACUCGCUCUUUUUCUAUUUGCCUUGUUAUGUUUUGUUUUCAUUAAGUUUUUGAAACAUAGAAGCUCUGUUCGUCUACGACAUUUUAGAGCUUAUAACCGUGAGGAUAAGGGUAGAGCGCACACACGGUCAGGUGGAUUUAUUUCAGGUGUCGAGGAAAAAAUCCGAAGAGUGGUUUUAUUUAUUCUGGGCAAAAAGAUGACUGGGCUUUUCCCCUUGUUUCUCUGCUUCCCAUUUGUUGCACAACUAGUCACUCGCUCGAAACACACGCUUCCGAAUUCUGCUUUCAAUCAAAGUAACAAUAACUCAUUUCAUGGGAAAUAAAUAUUAUUUGUACAGUGAAUGUGACUCUAUAGUAGCUUUAUUUCUAGUGGUAAUAGUAAUUUGUAUAAUUGUCAAGUUGUAAAUACCUGUUUAAAAGUAACUUUGCUUACUACUGUACUUGUCACGCUCAAACAUACAGUACGAGUUGAGGUACCGUUCAGGGCCUCGGUCUGGUCUUACAAUGUUGAACUUGUAUUGAACUAUUAGAUGUUUGUUUGUAUUCACAACCAAAAAUUGCAAAUGUAUGUUUAAUAGCAUUUUUGCCAUUUUCAGUACUAAUAAGUGCAAAGAUUUUUGUAGUAGUCCUUUACUUUUUCCAACAAAUCCUUUUGUAUCCAUGAAGAAAAUACAUAUUUGCAUAAAGUACUCUGCUGUGACUGUUAAUAAGCGGCCAAUGAAGUUUUGGUUAAAUCCAAAUGCAGAGAAAGCAUUAGUCGUCAUUUAGUGUUGUAAAAAUCCCCCAAAAAUGUAAACUCUUAAAGGGGACAGAGAAUGAAAAAACAUUUUUACUUUGUCUUUGUUGAAUAAUGGUAGUCUACCCACAUUCACAAACAUACAAAAAGUGCUAGACAUGCUAAACAUCUCAGUCUCAUAGAAAUUCCUCUUUUAGAAAACGGCCCAAUCUGAAAAACUGAUGCUUAUGACAUCACAGGCAUCUCACUGCUCCUCCACUUUAAAAUAAUUGGCUACAUUUUUUGAGUGGCAGCCAAUCAGUAAUGAGAUUGCAAGUUAAGCCAGUAGGGGAAGCCAAAUAGGUGCAAAACCACUUGUUUAAAAUCCCCAACCUUAUAGGGCUAUCUGACAGAUGGUUUUAGGAAGCUUCUAAGGCAUUACAGACCCAAACAAAAAAAAUUUGUCUACAUGUCACAUCACAGAACAAGGAUAAAUACCCCGUUCAAUCAUUCUAUGUCACCUUUAAAGUGUACAAUUGGCAUUGUAAUGUAAAGUAUACACAUUCAUGAAUAAACACUUACUUAAUGGUUUAUGUGGACUAAUUGGCUACAUGGCCUUUCAAAUAUUUUAAUUACCCAGAUGCCAAAUAAUCACAUUAUUGAAUAUGUGACUAAAUCUCAUAGAUCCCUGUCUUCUUGCUAUUUCUAUUAGGAUUAGUCCUAAUAAGCUAAAUAGGUGACAUGUUGCAAAAGCAGACCUGAGCUUGAGCACUCGAAACGUUUGCAGCAUCAUUUUCUUUAUAACAAUGUUUAACUGAUGUUGAUCAAUAAAACAAUCCCACAGGCAAUCGUGAGCAUGUACUUAAGUGUAAAUGCAUUUAUCAUGCCUUUGUACAGUAUAAUUUGCAUGUAGGUCGAUAAAUUGUACGUAAACUUUCCAUGGUUGUAUGUCUUAGUCUAACAUUUCAUGACAAAUCUGGUGUACAAUAAAUGUAAAUACUGCAUAUAAACCUCC